AUGAAUGGCUUCAAAAGCAAGACUUAUGGCCUGAUUCUCAAUGGGAUGAUUGGUAAACCUGCCAGCGCUUUCAACUGGAAGUCGGAAGGGUACAAGGAGUUCCUACCAUCAGUCAUCAGGAAUGUGCAUGCUACUCUAGACGCUGCACACAAAAAUUCUGUGUAUCAUCUUUACAUUCGUCCUAGCAACAUUAUUGUGCCUACCACUGCAGACAAGAUGACAAAAGAUAUCAAGGUAUUGGUGAUUGAUUGGGGUGUUGCAAUCUCCGAUGACAAAAAGUUCCACUUUCAGGGCUGCGUUCCAUACGCUCAUGAUGAGCUUCUUGCAACAGUCAGAAUGGAAAAGAAAGCGAAGUCGGAGCAUGAUUGGGCUUCGCUAUUGUACACAUAUUACCACUUGGAUGAGGGCCAUCUACCGUGGCAUGUCUUGAUGGCGCACGGGAAGCGAGUUUGCGACACUGGUGUCAGGAAAAAUACUGUCUCAAACUGGUUGGAGCAGAAACGGUUGCAGAAAAGUGAGAAGGACGAAGACGUUUUUCAAGCGUUUUCACAGCUAUUAAGUACCCAAUAG